AAGAAAAUGAGUGAUAAAUUAGGAAAGAUCCGGAAGCUUUUGGCGAAGCAUAGACUAGCAGGCUAUCUUAUACCUCAUAAUGAUGAGCAUAUGUCUGAAUAUCUCAAUCCUAGUGAUGAACGUAUCCAUUUCCUUUCAGGAUUCUCAGGAAGUUCAGGUAUAUGCUUAGUGACUCCUACAAAUGCCUUUGUAUGGACAGACUCUAGAUACUGGAUUCAAGCAGAGAAAGAACUUGAACACGGCUGGGAAAUGAAAAAGAUGCGAACACCAGGUCAUAAGGAAUGGUUUGAAUGGGCAAAACAAGAAAUGAACGAAGGCGAUAUUAUUGGCUAUGACCCCAAGGUCGUACCACAGAUGACAGUUGAGCAAAGAGGUAAAUUCUUGAAGGAGGGCAGUAUCGAGAUGUUCUCAGUAGAGGACAACCUUGUUGAUCAAAUCUGGGGAGAGGAAAGACCCCAAAGGCAAAGCAGUAAGGUCUCUAUACACCCGACUGAGUAUUCAGGAAGAACUGUUGCCCAGAACAUUGAGGAGAUUAUGAAGAAGAUUAUAGACAAGAAGGCUGAUGCUGCUGUAAUUUCUACCUUAGAUCAAAUCGCUUGGUUGACAAAUUUGAGAGGAAAUGAUACUCCAUAUAAUCCUUUAUUUUACUCGUAUGCCGUGGUCUAUAAGAAUAAAGGGGUUGAUACGAUCAGACUUUACGUCGAUAACGAUAAAGUGAGUCAUUUAUUUGGAUAUCUUGCUGACAACAAAAUUGAAAUUUCACCCUAUGAGCAGAUAUUUGUGGAUAUUUCUACUGGUGAUUUUCAAGAUUAUAAAUUAAUUGUUGACCAUAACGACUGCAAUAGCAAAAUUUAUAACUCUAUUAAAGCAGAGAAUGUGAUAAAAGGCCCUGAUUUAAUUGGAGAAAUCAAAUUAGUCAAGAACAAGACUCAGAUCCAAGGCUUCAGGAAUUCACAGAUCAGGGAUGCAGCAGCACUUGCAAAGUUCUUCUCAUGGCUUGAAUAUGAAAUUAUGGAAAAAGAAUCAAACUUAACUGAAUAUGAAGGAGUACUCCAACUUUUAAAAUACAGAGAGGAGGAGGACUUAUACAUGGGACCUUCUUUCGAUCCUAUACUUGCUUCUGGAGCGAAUGGGGCAAUUGUUCAUUACAAGCCAACUCAAAAAGAGGCAUCUCCUCUUAAUCCAAAGGAAAUGAUUCUCUGCGAUUCGGGGGGUCAUUAUCUGGAUGGAACGACUGAUACAACUAGGACUUUCCAUUUUACUAAACCAACGGAUUACCAAAGAGAGAUGUACACAAGAGUCUUAAAAGGAAAUCUAAGAUUUGAAAGAGUCAAAUUCCCAAACAAAAACACUCUCACAGCUAAGGAAAUUGAUGUGCUCGCAAGGUCUCCUCUUUGGGAUAUUGGCAAGGAUUAUGCUCAUGGAACCGGUCAUGGCGUUGGUCACUUUUUGAAUGUUCAUGAAGGUCCAUACUUGAAAAAGUUGAAACCAGGUAUGACUUACACAAAUGAGCCUGGCUACUAUCAUGAAGGGGAAUUCGGUAUCAGGAUCGAAAACUUGUUGAUAUCAAGGAAGGACCCUCUUAUUGAAGGAUUUAUGUCAUGGGAAAAUGUUACCAAAUUUCCAUAUUGUCGUAAUUUGAUCAAUACCGAUUUGCUAUCUCCUGAUGAGUUAGGACAUAUUAAUGGCUAUCACAUUGAAUGUAAGGAUAUAUUGCUACCAAUCUUGCAGGACAAUGAACUGGCUUUGAAGUUCAUAGAGAAGGAGACUCAACCUUUAACUCAUUAAUUCAGAUGUUUUCAAUACUA